AUGCGGCCCAUGCACAUAGCCUCUGUCGGCGUUCCCCGCCUUUCCGCGUAUGUUGCGCGUGCAGUCGCGCGCCCUUCUGUGGCUACAGCUUCUCGUUGUGCUCCGGUGACAGGUAUGCGUGCGUUUUCGUUUGCGCGCGCUUGCCACCGCGACACCGCGUGGCUCGACCGCGGCCGCAUGACCUACGAGGAGCUUAAGCCCUACACCGAGGCGCCGUCCGGCAAGAUUACGCUGAUUGACGUUCGUGAGCCGAACGAGGUUGCGCAGGGUAUGAUCCCAGCGGCUGUGAACGUCCCGUUGUCUGAGUUCGGCAGUGCAUUCAAUCCCAACAGCUACUCAGAGAAUGCCAAUGACUUUGAGCGCAAGUUCUCGUUCCCGCGCCCAUCGUUUGAUGACCCGAUCGUGUUUUACUGCCGCAGUGGCAAGCGCAGUCAACAGGCUCUCGAGACAGCUCGUGAGCGCGGCUGGUGGAAGUACGUGCCGGUGUACUAA